UUGAACACCAAUGUGCGUCGGUACUACACAGAUGCCCCACACGGUGUACGUGCGGUCUUUCAGCUCCGAUAACGGUUCUGGUACUUUGCCCUCGCUGGCCAAUGAUUAAUGUAUCAUUGUCGGCCCUGUUGUGACAGUAAUUGCAAUUUUGUUGCAGUUUUUGGCGCUGAAUCGGUAAAUAUCACUCGGCUGCCAGUUCUACGGCAUAGCUAUCGGGGCCUGUGUUACAGCCACCUGAACGGAUCCACGCUGACAGUUUCUUGCCUCCCCGAGUUUGAAGAUAUCAACCACGACUGGUAACUCCUUCAUCAAUCGGCUUCCGGCAGGAACUGACUUACGUGUUCGUCGUUGCUGUGCCACCUACGUCUCCAUUAACUCAAAGUCGUCAAUAUCGUAUUGCUUGAGACUUCAAUCGCCAUGGCGCUGUCCAUGUUUAAACGGAAGCCGAAGACCUCGUCGGCUACCACGGCUGCGGCAGCCAGCACCAAGGAGCGGACAUUUACCGUCCUUUACCUGGGUAGUCUCCGCACCUUCCAGGGCAAGGGAAACGACUGUCUGGAUGAGCCUCUCAAGGAAAUAUGGGACAAAUCCAACAAGGGCACCCGCUCGGCCAAGGCCCAGCUUACCGUUGCGGUGGAUGGCAUGAGCCUUGAACGCACGGACAUCAAGGAUCUGCCCACCUCAAUCCAGUUCUUCCAGCUUAAUCACAUCUCGCACUGCGGUCUCCACCCGAAGUACCCGCGCGUGGUGGCCUGGAUCCACCGCAACGAGCUGCAGCGCAUGCAGGUAGAGAUGCGUGCCCACGCCGUGGUCUGCACCCGCUCGGAGAAGGCCCGCAUGAUCGCUGACCUCCUGAACGAGCGCCUGCGCUCGUCCUUCGCCGACUUCAAACGGGAGAUGCGGGUCCGGGACAAGAUCUCGGAGCGCCGGGUCAGCGAGGGCACCCUGGACGUGGCCGGCCUGCAGAAGCUGCAGAACCAGCGGUCCACCUUCAUGCCACCGGUGGCCAAGAGGGGCAGCGUGCCGGCGCUUGGGGUCAUCCUGGAGAAAGGCAAGCUGGUGGGAGUCUCUGAAGUGAUCGAAGCUGACAGCGAGGAGGAAGGGGAUGAUGGAGCCAUUCUCUAACGUCGUCCAACUGACUUGUACUUUGAUACUACAUGUGGUGUUUAUUUUGACCCUCUCUGAUCGGUGCGCAAGGGGAGGGGGGCACAGGUUAAGUGCCCUCUAUCAGACAAGCGAGCCCUGUUGUGGCCCCAGAUCCCCGUCGUAGUCCCAAUUCUAUGCAUUCAGGUUGUCUCAAGAAGGUGUGCUCCCUGCAAAUGCAUGCUGACUCAGUGUUUCCCCUCUGACAGUUAGGUCCUGGUAACGCCCAUGCCGAUACCUCAAUCUCAUUUUUACCCAUGCUCCUUUUAUUAAUGCCCAACUGCCAACUGACUGAUUGCGCAUGCACCUUUCUACUUCUGAGGACGUCUCGAAGACCUUUCCACACGUCCGAGUACGCAUAGUUGACGCGGCAGUGAAUCCGGCCGCGGAUAUACCUGAACGCACCUAGUGGGUUGGUGUUUGCGUUGGCACCCCGCUCUGGAACAGUGCCCAACAUCAACCGGGAGCCCCAUUAAGUCGUCUUCCUGUAUGAGCGCCCAGUCAUCUAGGCCUGCACCACUUGAAUCGAACUUUGGGUAAAGUGUCCAGACAAAACGUUGCAGUGGAUCAGUAUACCCCAUGUGCAGUUUGCAAGUACAUGCACUUUAGGCUAGUACUAUAACGCUGUUAUACGGGCAACACAAUAGUGUGCCUCCAAGAGUUUGCAACUCGUUGGCCUAUCACAACGCGCCAAUUUGUCGACCACGUCCAAACGCUCAUUGGGUCGACAGAUUUCGUGCAUUGUGAUUGGCCAACGCGUUGCAAACUCUUGGAGGCGCACUAUUAUGAAACGCCCGUAUUGACCCGGUACAUAACACACAGAGUUUAAUUCAAAAUGUAGCAACAAAAGGUGACCACAAUGCGUAUAUCCAGCAAGAAAUGAGAGCGGGGUACCCCCCCCCGUCCAAUCGCUAUACACACUCUAGCCUAUUGUUACCAAACACCCCCAGGUGUCUGAAAAGAAUUCCUCCGAUUCCAGUGAGACAAUGACAAACAGAAAGCAGGGGAGGGGUUAUCUCCGUCUCAUAUCUUGCUUCAUAUGACAAUGUAACGCGUGAAUUCCUGUUUUGAGACAAACAGAUGUUCAACUCACAGUGUUAACAGAAACAUGUUUAUACAGGCCGCCUUGAAUUUUGUCGGGCAAUGCAAGUUGUAUUUAUCUUAGAAUGAUUAACCCUAGCCCUCCCAAGUCCUCCAAAAUCCUCCUCUGCAAAGUGGAGGAAUUAAGAGGAUUCCGGGUGUAUGGCAAAAAGUGCAUGGCUGAUUUCGAAGGAUGCCAUACCUGAAGGUCGUGGAUUAAACCUUAUGUUGUUUGCGCUUAGUCAAGCACAAAUUCAGCCCGAUGUUUCUUUUGAAUCAACUGCACAGCUCAAGAGUGCCAUUUGCACUGUCUCA